CACUUUCCUUUUUCUUCUUCUUCUUCUCUUUGACACCAAUCCCUUGAAAAUCAUCUCCUUUUCCCUUGAGUUCCACAAGUCAGCUAUGAUGAUAGCCUUCCGUGCAUGGACAAUGCACCAUCAUAUGUCCUCUCUUGCCCGCUCUCUUUCACUUAAUCAAAAUACCAGACAAUAUGCUUCUCGGCAGUUAUUCAAGAAACAGCACGGACUGCCACGACCCUGUACCCAGCCUCGCACUGACUCAUACCACGCCCGUCAUGGUAAUGAAUCUGUUAUUAAGCUUCCCAAAUUGUCUUCCAUUCUGGGUUCUCUUCGGACAUCUUUCCCUCACUUGAGGGAAUGGAUUAGCAAUAAGGAAAAGGUUAGCCUAUAGUUGGUUUAUAGAAUAAUUGAUAAUGCUAAUAGUGGAAGGUGAAACGCUUGGUUGGGUGGGGAGGGGCUGGAGGUGCUACUAUCCUUACAAUUAUGGAGGUCAUUUAUACCUAUCACUGUAAUAAAGCUCGGGAGAGGGAGCUCGAAAGUGCACUUGCAAAAGGUGCUGUUCCGGAUGUGUUUGUGGAGUCCUUUGUGGAAAGGACUGGGAUAUCCAAGGAGAUUGCGUUGGUUCUUCAACCACGUGCAGGCUACCACAGUUAAAAUAUGAUAGUAGGGUAUCACGGCCAGUCCGGCCA